UCCAUUCGAACCUCUCUAACUUGUUCUUUAACGAGUCAAACAACGUAAUUUGUUCUGGCUAUACGUUGUUUUCAUCGUUCAAAAUGCAGAGUGUGGGUGGUAUUAAACAUGGAGAACCUUAUCUUUUGAACGAAAUUGUAGAAAAUGGCUACACAAUGGAUGGAAUAUCAGUAAGGAUUAAUGGAAGAUUACUUCAACACGACUUUCAAAACUGUCGGGCAGUCCUUGCAGACCCGAAGACCGGAUGUUCUUUGAAGGUUAACACAUCUCUCAUAGAACCUUUAGAGGAAGCAGGGUCUCUGUUUCAGUUGAUCGGAGAACUAUCGUAUUCCGGUGGAGAAACUGUAUUGAAUGCACGGUUAGUACGUUGUAUAGACGGCAUGGACUUGGUACUUUACAAGAAGGCAUUAGAACUUCAGCGACAAUACUUUCAAGAUAGACCAAAAGUGUUAUAAAGAAUAGUGUUUCAAUGCCAUGAGAACAAAGAUGAGAUUAAAAAUUUACAUGUG